AUGAGCACCUUCGGCCGCUUCUUCCGCGUGACGACCUUCGGCGAGUCGCACUGCAAGGGUGUGGGCUGCAUCGUGGACGGCGUGCCGCCGUCGCUGGCGCUGACCGAGGCCGACAUCCAGCCGCAGCUCACGCGCCGCCGCCCCGGCCAGAGCAAGCUCACGACGCCGCGCGACGAGAAGGACCUGGUGACCAUCAUGAGCGGCACCGAGAAGGGCUUCACGCUCGGCACGCCCGUGGCGCUCUUCGUGCCCAACGAGAACGUGCGCCCCAAGGACUACAAGGAGAUGGACCAGGUGCCGCGCCCCGGCCACGCCGACUACACGUACCAGAUGAAGUACGGCACGCGCGCCAGCAGCGGCGGUGGUCGUGCCAGCGCCCGUGAGACCAUCGGCCGCGUGGCCGCCGGCGCCGUGGCCGAGAAGUGGCUCAAGGAGAAGUUCGGCACGUCCAUCGUGUGCUGGGUGAGCUCCAUCGGCUCGGUCGACAUGCCGCGCGAGCUGCUGAACGACCCCAAGAAGGCCAUCUACACGCGCGAGGACGUGGACACCAUCGGCUCCAUCCGCAUCCUGCGCGACCCCGCCAAGUGGACCAAGGUUGAGGACGCGGCCCAGCAGCUCGAGAACGACAAGGCGUACGACGCCGAGUUCGUCAAGGCCGAGGACGACCUCGCCACGCCCGCGUACAUUGACACGGAGAAGGUCGUGUACAACCGCAAGGGCGACGUGGUGCCCGCGCCCGAGAACCUGGACGCCUGGCUCACGGACGACCUCAUCCCCGUGCGCUGCCCGCACCCGCCGUCGGCUUGCGCCAUGUCCACCGUUGUGCGCACCAUGAAGGUGGACGAGGACUCGACCGGCGGCGUGGUCACGUGCGUGAUCCGCAACGCGCCCGUGGGCCUAGGCGAGCCGUGCUUCGACAAGAUGCAGGCUGUGCUGGCGCACGCCAUGAUGUCCAUCCCGGCCACCAAGGGCUUCGAGAUCGGCUCGGGUUUCUCGGGCACCAGCAAGCGCGGCUCGGAGCACAACGACCCCUUCUGCGCCGGCUCGGAAGCCGAGCGCCCGGAGAAGCUGGGAGUGACCAAGAACGACGCUGGCGGUGUGCUGGGCGGUAUCACCAGCGGCGCCGACAUCUACUUCCGCGUGGCCAUCAAGCCCGUGUCGACCAUCGGACGCGCGCAGCCCACCGUCAGCUACGACGGCAAGGACACUGUGCUGGAGGCCAAGGGCCGCCACGACCCGUGCGUGCUGCCUCGCGUCGUGCCGCUCGUGGAGGCCAUGUCGGCUCUCGCCAUCGCCGAUGCUGCCAUGAUUCAGCUGGGCCGCGAGGGCAGCAUGCAGGACGAGCCGGCGCACAAGAAGCGCAAGCUGUAA